AUGUUGAAUAUUCUACCUGGAGCCCUAUUUCUUGCUGCUUGUUACUCCGGAGGUACAGCGGCUCACAAAAUCAACGUCAAGGCUCCUGAACACCUACCUCCUGGCGCUUCUCAGCCGGUUGAUCACGCAUUUGCAUCAUUCUCUUGGCCUGUUCAUUUCUUCGCAGACUAUGCUGGAAAAAAAAGCCAUCCAAAUACUUUCUCCCAAGAUAUCGUCAACCUUCUUCACGUGAAGACCGGCGCGUACCCCCAUAUUCGGGUUGGAGGAACUUCAGCUGAUCGCGCUAUCUAUAAUGCCUCGCAGGCCGAAUCUAUCGUUCUCUCCACUGAGUCAGACAAUGGCAUACCACUGGAAGUGUCCUUGGGACCAGUUUUCUUCGAGGGAUUCGAAAACUUUCCCGGCACACCCUGGACCUUCCAAGUGAACCUCGCCAAUAACAAGAGCAACGCUCUAGAAAAUGCCCUCGCAGAAGCCAAGGUUGCUUUGAGUCAUAUUCGCGGAGACUUAUAUGCUUUCGAGAUUGGAAAUGAGCCAGAUCUUUAUCCAGGAGAUGUAAGACCGCUAGAUUACACGGUGGCAGAUUAUGUCAAGCAGUGGAGAGCUUUUGCAGAUGCCAUUUCUAAUGAGGUUUUGCAUGGCAAUCAGUACGGCUUGGAAGACUGGAAGUUGUUCCAGGCUUUGACUUUUAUCUUCUAUUUCAAUGGUUUCUCUACAGCAAAGGCAUUCGAAGACGGAGUCAACGCGGACGGACAUGUGAAGUCUGUUUCGUGGCAUCAGUACGCCUCUGGCAAUCAAGACUGGGUCAGACUUCAGGAAUCGUUCAUGAACCAUACCCUAAUCACCUCCAACCUAACCCAAUACAUCGACGAUAUGGAACUGAUUCACGCCAACGACCCAAACAUCACAUUCCUCCUCGGUGAAACAAACAGCGACUAUGUGAAUCUCAACAUGAGCCAAGUUGAAGGCGUCUUUGGAAGCUCUCUCUGGCUAGUUGACUAUCUUCUGUAUGGCAUGAGUCUGAAUAUCACCCGAUUCAACUUAAUCCAAGGAACGACCUUCGGCUACGCCGGCUGGACACCAGUUGAGCACAAUGGCCUCGCACCACAAGUUCGGGCCCCGCUUUAUGGCCAGAUUUUCGCCGCGGAUGCUAUUGGUCGACACCCAACUGUUCAGGUAAAGGCAUUGGAGUUCCAACGAGAUGACUUGUCUGCGUAUGCGAUAUACGAGUCUGGAAUACUAGCUAGAUAUGUUGUUGUUAAUCUGGAUGAGUGGAACUCGACUACGAGUUACCCCAGACCCUCUCAGAAGUUUGAGCUUGAUGUUCCGCAUCAUUCGAAGUCCGUUGAAGUCAGACGACUUGUUGGACCAGGGGCAAGUGCUGAUACGGGGAUUUCGUGGGGCGGUUUGAGUUGGAAUUACACGCAUGGGAGACUUGGGAGAACUGGGAAGAGACAGGUUGAGCUUUUGAGGGUAUCAAAGGGAACUGUUACGCUGGAGUUGGACUCAACUGAGGCAGCGAUUGUGGAGCUUCGGGAAAUGUAG